AUGGUCCGUCCUUGGUCACCGGUUUUCGUUUGGCUUGCCGCCGCGUGUCUGUCAGCUUGGGCAGCAACGGAGCAGGUAGAGACUGCCAGCAAUAUCGUGGCCGAUGCCUUCAUCAUCGAGUGUGAGGGCAACGAGAUAAAAUCUCUUUCCGAUGCUGUCCAAGCAAAAGGUGGCGAGGUGCGCCAUACGUUCGAUUCGGAGUUCUUCCGCGGCAUCUCGGUAGGGCUGGCCAACGUACGCAGCAAUGAGGACAAAGAGGCUUUGAUGGACCGUUUCAAGAGCUUUACUACGUGGCCCGUAACAGAGAUUGGCCAGCCCGAUGACAGCGAAGCUACGCAGCAGCCGGGACGGAACAAACGACGUCAUCUGGGCAGUCGUGAUUCCGAAAAUGCCAUGGGCGAGGACGAGUCCUGGCACCUCGCCAUGACACAGAUAGACAAGCUGCACAAGGAGGGGUUCACUGGGAAUGGUAUUCGAGUUGCCAUAGUUGACAGUGGUGUCAACUAUACACACGAAGCCUUCGGGGCCUGCACGGGAGUUGGCCCCGAUUGCCGAGUUGUUACUGGAGAAAACUUUUCCCGGGAAGGACAGAAGGGAGACCCGAUGGACUGCAUCGGGCACGGCACUGCUAUGGCCGGCGUCCUGGGAGGCUACGAAGCCGGGAAAUACGUCGGUGUGGCGCCCAACGCAACUCUUAUGGCGUAUCGAGUCGCUGACUGCAAAGGUCAAGGGUCUCUGGAUGAAAUUAUGAAGGGCUGGCAGAAGGCGGCCGAGGAUAAAGCACAAAUUAUUGUCUCGGCUUUGGGGGCACCUAUAAAUUCGGCGCAAGACCCCUGGAGCAUGAUGGUGUCUCGAAUUGCGGCCACGGGCCGGGGCGUGAUAUCAGUUGGCGCCUUCUCCAGAAGCUUCAAUACACUGGACUGGUCAUCCUAUGGACCAACGUGGGAUCUCGAUAUCAAGCCUAGCCUGGGCGCCCCCGGCCUCGAUGUCCCAACUCCCAAAGUGGGCGGCGGAUACGAGCUCAGCAACGGCACAUCGAUUGCCGCACCAUUCGCUGCGGGAGUUGCAGCCGUCGUCGCCGAGGCGCUUGGGAAGAACCUGGACUGGUCCAUGAUGGCUAGCCGCCUUGUAUCGACGGCCAAGCCGCAGCAAGACGCAAGCGGUGCUGGGCUCGUCACAGUCGCCAAGCAAGGCGGCGGUCUUAUAAGCGCCUGGGAUGCCGCUCACGCGACUACUCUCGUCCAGCCGUCGCAUUUGGCAUUCAACGAUACCGACCACCGAGUCAGCACGAUUCGCCUCAGCAUCACUAACACCGCCCAGUCGGAAGUGACGUAUCGGCUCUCCCCUAUCCAUGCCGCCACCUUGUACGCUGCUAAGCGGGCGCCGCUGGGGAACAAGACUAAUCACGAGCCAAUGAAGAAUCCAGAGCCUGUCCAGGCUACAGCCGACAUAAAGCUGAGCCAAAGCUCCAUCACCCUUCAACCGGGGGAGUCGGGGACCAUUGAUGUGUCAGCUAGUGACCCGUCCGGCCUUGACCCGGUGCGUUUACCCAUCUGGUCUGGUUGGAUAUCGAUUAAUGGCUCUGAUUCUACCGUCUUAACCAUCCCCUUUCUUGGCCUCGCCGGCUCUCUCCGCUCGGCUGCUCGCGAGUACCCUCCUUUCCCACACCUCAGUCACUUUGCGGGAACCAACGGCUCGUACUACCGCGUCAAGCCCGGGACCGAAUCAUUCGUCUUUAGAGAUCCAAUAACCGGAGAAAAGCCCGGCUCGUCCAAAUUCAUCAAAAAGAAGUAUGCCGGGAAAGAUGUAAAAGAACUCCUCUUCCAACUUUACCUGGGCAUCGGCUCUUCCCGAGUGCGCCUCGACAUCGUCCCAAAGUUCUUCUGCUCCGAUGUUAACCCAAGCAUUUCCAACCCCGAACUCCCAGAGCCGUCCAAGUAUUGCGUGCCGGAUAGCCUCGCCACCGAAUUUGCUGGCUUCAAGUCCAUUGGUCAAGUCCCAGGCUUCCCCGAGAAAUGGCCCACCCGCGACCAUAGAAUAUCUCUCGGCCUAUGGAAUGGUCUAAUGGCUAACGGCACAUACGCCCCUCCCGGCCAGUACAGUGUUGUCCUGAGCACCCUCACUCCCUAUGGAGACGCUGUGAACGAGUCUGAUUGGAUAACCGGCUACUCGGACGCCUUUUCAAUAGCGUAUGAGCAUAAUAUUAUUUAA